ACCUGUUAUUCAUCAACUUCCGGUGUCACGGGGUACCUGGGAGACGGAGCAAAAAAAGCGGGCAUACCGAAAUCUUUAUUGGUUUCGCUUGGCUUUAAGCUCUAGAAAGCCUACACAUUAGACAAGUAGGGUCAAACCAUUGCGAACUGCGGGCCAUUGACCCCCUUGGAUUUACAUUUUGUUCUGAAAAGGGUCUCAUUCAUUCGUGUUUCGUGCUAGCUAGCCCUCUAGCGAGCUGAAGAGCGUCUGGAGCAGCAGGCCUAUUCUUCUGGACUUUGCUACAGGCUAGCUAGCAUUAGCAGGCUAACGCAUGCGAACACGUUUUUUUCCCUCAAUGAUUUUGUCUGUUACGUUGUAAAUACAAACCACACUGCUGAUGUCUGCGCUGUUUAAUAUUUAUUAGAAAUUCUGUUGUUGAGUAGGCUGCUAGGUGACGCAAACUCACUCCGGCUACAUCGGCGGGGACUUGUUUUUUUUUUAAAGUGUUGUUCACUUUGUUGCUAGCUUAAGCUAGCUUUCGCUAACUGAACAACGCAGUCGCCGCAAGGGUCGUAGCCUUCAACUCCCAGAGAUGUCGGACUUUGACGAAUUCGAAAGACAGCUAUCUGAAAACAAACAAGCUGAAAGGGACAAGGAGAACCGUCACCACCGCAGGUCCUCCUCCCGCAGCCGCAGCAGAGAGCGAAAAAGGAGGAGCAGAGACAGGGACAGACGCAGCAGGGACCGCCGCGGGGACAGUAAGGAGCGCAGGCACAGACGCAGCUCACCAACCAGCUUCCCCCAGGACAAUGCUGGAAGCCGUUCUCCACACCGUGAGAAGAAGAAGAAGGUGAAGAAGUACUGGGAUGUCCCUCCCCCUGGUUUCGAACACAUCACUCCCAUGCAGUACAAAGCCAUGCAAGCUGCAGGCCAGAUCCCUGCCACAGCCCUCCUGCCGACCAUGACUCCAGAUGGCCUGGCUGUUACCCCCACCCCUGUGCCAGUAGUGGGCAGCCAGAUGACCCGGCAGGCCCGUCGGCUCUAUGUGGGCAACAUCCCAUUUGGUAUCACAGAGGAGUCCAUGAUGGACUUCUUUAAUGCCCAGAUGCGUUUGGGUGGUCUUACUCAGGCCCCUGGAAACCCUGUUCUCGCAGUACAGAUCAACCAGGAUAAGAAUUUUGCCUUCCUUGAGUUCCGUUCAGUGGAUGAAACGACUCAGGCCAUGGCCUUUGAUGGCAUCAUAUUUCAAGGCCAGAGUCUCAAGAUCCGUCGUCCUCACGAUUACCAGCCACUGCCGGGCAUGAGCGAGAACCCCAGUGUCUAUGUGCCUGGUACACAGACAAUUAAUGGUGUGGUGUCCACAGUUGUGCCUGACUCGGCUCACAAGCUCUUCAUUGGCGGCUUGCCCAACUACCUGAAUGAUGACCAGGUGAAGGAGCUGCUGACAUCAUUUGGCCCCCUGAAGGCCUUCAACCUGGUGAAGGACAGCGCCACAGGCUUAUCUAAAGGAUACGCAUUCUGUGAAUAUGUUGAUGUCAACCUUAAUGACCAGGCCAUAGCUGGGCUAAACGGCAUGCAGCUGGGAGACAAGAAGCUACUGGUGCAGAGAGCCAGUGUGGGAUCCAAGAACGCCACCCUGACAAGUAUAAACCAGACCCCGGUGACGCUGCAGGUGCCGGGUCUGAACAGCUCGGUGACUCAGAUGGGUGGCCUGCCCACAGAGGUGCUGUGUCUGAUGAACAUGGUAGCCCCAGAGGAGCUGCUGGAUGACGAUGAAUACGAGGAGAUUGUUGAGGACGUCAGGGAUGAGUGCAGCAAGUACGGCCAAGUGAAGAGCAUCGAGAUACCCCGACCUGUGGACGGCCUGGAGGUUCCCGGAACUGGCAAGAUCUUUGUGGAGUUCAUGUCAGUCUUUGACUCCCAGAAGGCCAUGCAGGGGCUGACAGGAAGGAAGUUUGCUAACAGGGUGGUGGUGACCAAAUACUGCGAUCCAGACGCUUAUCACCGCCGGGACUUCUGGUAGAAGAGGCAUGAAGAGAAGAGGAAUGGGGGGGAGAAUUUAAGGGGAGGGAACUUGUACCAGCCAUUUCAAAAUCAGCCCCCUCAUUAAUGUGGUAGAUCUGGAUGUAUUCAUCAUUUGGCAACAUCAAAUUAACCUUUUAAAUACCUUCAGAAAGUGUCCAGCCGCUAUAAAAUGGGAUUGGAAAAAGCAUAAAAGGAAUAUAUGUCCAGGGCCAUAACAGAGGGGGCUAGGUUUUGGUGGUGAGGGUGUAGCUCGUUGGAUGAGGGAGAUCAUUUUUGAGAAAUGUGUGUAAUAAUAGGUCCAGGGUGGGGUCAACAUUUUUUAUACUUUGUGAGACAGGGAUGUCAUGUUAUGGGAGGGAGGGAGGGGGGGGGGGCACACUUUAAGGUUUGUAUUUAAAUGGAGGUAGCCUGUUUUAAGUACAUUAGGGAGGAGUUGCCGUAGGGAACUAUCUGGACUGUUGUGAUUGAGGAGAGAGAUGGAGAAAACAGAAGUGUUCAUUAGUGACAGGGGAGGUAUAUGUGGGGGGGAUAAAAAGAUGAGGGCCUUUUUGUUUGACCAUCCAAUGUAGAUACACAUUAGCUGUAACAUCCACUUCAGUUUUGCCGUCAUCAUUAGAAAAGCAAGAGGAGACGCCUCAUUUCAGAUUUCUUUUUCAUUUUUGGACUUGAUUUUUUUUUUCUUCCAUUCCUGCAUAUCCGUCUUUCUGCGCCGCCCCCCCCCUCCACCUCUCAGGAUGAUUGUUGGAGAUGUUUGAGAAUCUGUUGUUUAUUGGACUCUAUCUGAAUGUUAACUGUCAAUGUUCCCCAUACUGUUUGUAGCUUCACUGAUUUGAGCUGUAGUAUCACCUUGUAUUCAGCCGCAGAAUAACAUGAACUGCAGGAAGGAACAUUUUCAUUAAUGCCUGUUAGAUUUCUCUUCUUUUUUUUUUUUUUUUUUGUUUUCUGUUUUUUUUGUGUCCAUCCUUUCUGCACAGCGUUUUAACAGGUGAGAUGGUUUUUGUCUCGACGGUUAGUCCUGGUUUCAUUCAAGGGCAGAAGAACACGGAGAGAGGCAAACAGAUUGGUAUUUAAUAGAAGAUUGAUCUCUUCCUUACCAAAAAGCCUUAAUGCUAUUACAUGUCACAUCGCUGACAGAAAAAAAUUUGGCUUGCCCCUUCCAUCAUUAACGAUACCUGUAUGUUUAUAGAUGUCACUAUCCUAUACUGAAAGCUUCAGUUUGGAUUCUUUCCUUGUUUCCCAGCAGAUUUGGGAUGUAAGAUGUGUUGAACACGGUUGUGUUUCUGUGCAACAUCUCACCUCUUUGACAAGACCAAAUAAACACAUGACUAAGACCCACGGCUCAUGGUGUUGUACUGCAGAGUGAAACCAAAACUUAUGUGAGCUCCUGCCCUGAUUGGUUAAAAAUAUCUCCAUAAAGGAUGUGAUGUCUUGUCAACGCUACAGAUUUACAACUAAACCUUAUACACAACAGGUUGUUUUGAAGUGAAUAAAUCAAAGCAGAACUGCGGGCAAAGAAUAUUGCUGAUUUAAACAAGUAAAAGCAUUUAAUUUCAUCAGUGUUCAUUGUUCAGGAUUGAUUUCUUGUAGCUUUUGGGGUUAGUUAGUUGGGAUGUUAAACUACUGAAACAAAACCUGCUUUUCUCUCGUUUCCCCUCAUCGUCUGCCCCUGAUUCUUCUGAGGACCACAUGUUCACUCUGUACGGCUGCUUUCAUUUGAAACUGCUUGCUUAGGAUGGCGCUGAAGACAAAUUGUGUCAUUGAUAACACUUAUGAGAUGUUACUCCCUACUUUCUGAAACCUGCUUUCUCAGUGUCACUGUCAUUUUUCUUUCUUUUUUUUUCUCUCUUGAAAAAAAAACCGUGAUUUCUUAAAUGAUUUAAAACCUAAAAAAAAACCAUCUAGUUUAUAAAGGCAAACACAGUCUUUCAUUUGUCCAAUAUGUUUUCAAAUGUUGAUUAAAAACCAAAUUUACAUGAA